UUUUAAGAAGUACUGCACCUAAUGUUAGCACUAAUUUGGCUCCAGGAUUUGAGUGGAUGGGAAUGUUGCCGAACACAACUCUAGAUCGUACAAUUAUUUUGUAAAUUCUUCGUUUUGAUUUAUUUCAAAAUAUUUCAUACAUACCAUUUUACAAAAUAUGUCUACGUAUUUUUUUUGAGUUAUUUUAAUUCAAGUUAUAUUUUUGGAAUCACUUUAUCCUGACAUAAAACUAGAAAAUUGUGAGCUUUUGUAGUAAUUAAAGACAUAAGCCGAAGACAAGGAGUUAAAUACAUAGACUUCAUACAAUUAACUUUAUUUGAUUUUACAUGGGUUCAGGAAUGUUUAGUAAGUAAUUUUGUGACGUGAUAUAAUUGCUUUUGAAAUUUUCUUCAAGUGGAUCAUUGGAAAUCACCUGUAGGUAUAGACAUUGCAAGUAGAAAAUUGCAGUAUAUAAAUAUGUACAGGUUAAUAAAAGUGUUUUUAUUUAACAGUCGAAACUAAACUAUCUUCUGUGCUUUAGUACGCGUGCGUGAUAAAUAUAGAGAUUCUUCAUUCAACAGUUUUCGUGUGGUAUAGUUGCAAUAUCUAAAAAUUUAUUGUAGAAUCAUUAUAGGGCUAUGUGUAAUCGAGAAGGUUUAUGUUAUUUACAACGGUGCUCAAUUACUUCAAAAUUCAUGACAAAAAGCCCAUUAGUUUUAAAAUGUAAUUAAAUAUGCAACAAACGCUUGAAAUGUAGUUACAUAUGCAACAAAAGUGUGCUAUUCACCCAUAGUGUCCAAAGCACAUAACAUGGCAUGCAUAAUCGGAGUUGAAACCAAUGGAUUGCUAUUCAUUGGAAUAAAAAAUAAAUAUUGCUACGUAUGUAAUCAGACUAAACCAGGAGAAGAAAGUAAACAACAUUUGUGUUAUAAGAACUUCUCUGGUGCUUCUACUGCGAUGGAACAGGAAAUUUUAGUGCAAGGAUUUUGUGAGAGUGAAAAUAUGCAUGGGUUACGAUAUAAAUUCAUAGUAGGAGAUGGUGAUUCAAGUACCUACGUAAAAAUUCAACAAAACGUAAGCUACGGGAGGCAUGUUGUGAAAAUGGAAUGUGCAAAUCACGCUGUAAAAAACUACACAGGAAAACUGCAUAAAAUUGCAAAGGAUACAGUUCAUCCUAUAUCGGGACGAAAGUGUCUGUCUCAAUUAAUUCCACGCCUUACACGAGCAGCGAGAUCAGCAAUUUCAAGUGCUGGUCGCAGCAACAGCAACAGUGAAAUACUUCGUGCAGAUCUCAGAAAUGGACCUCACCACGUGUUUGGGGACCACAGUAACUGUCGCGAUACUUACUGUAGCCGUAAGGAUUACAAUGAGGAAGAUAAAGUGGCCUUGCUAUUGCCAACUACUUUAUGGCCGGCUCUUCAGAUGGCACUAGAUCCAUUGGUACAAAAAGCUGAUAGAUUAGUUGGAAACUACACCACAAAUCAAGCAGAACGCUUCAUGAGCCUUGUAUCAAAGUUCUCUGGUGGUAAACGUACAGACGUAGGCAAGAAGGGACGUUACAAACGGUGUUGCUUGGCGUCAGGCUUGUCUCACGUUAAAGGGCCACAUUGGCAUGCUUCACCACUAAAAAAAAUGUUUGGUCGAAGCCCAGGAGCUAUAUGUAAAAAAGUGUUCAAUACACGAGCUAGAGCUUCAGAAAGGGGCAUAAAGAGAAAAUCAGCACGUCAGAGUUUAUUUAAAGACGAGCCUCCCAGAAAACAAAAACGUCUAUCUGCCGGAGCAGAUUGUAACUAUGGUCCUCAGGCAGCUCAACCUGACAUAGAACCAGGAGAAAUGGAGAGUAGGAAAAGAGCUGUUCUUGAUAGGCUUGAAAACGAAGCAGGUACUCCUGAACUGUGCUCCGUAUUGGAGAAAAAAACGGUGGGUCAACAUGGCAACAUCGCGUGGAGAGAAGCGAGGCUUGAUCGUCUCACUGCAUCACUUUUUAUGAAAGUGUGUAAAAUGCGUGAUGACACAUCGUGUCAUAACAACGUUGUAGCUGUUGUAAAUCCCCGGGAAAUUAACACGGAUGCUGUGAAAUAUGGAAGGAUUAAUGAGCCAACUGCCAUUAAAAUUUACGAAAGUAAGUUUGGUGACAGAGUAGCGCCAUGCGGGCUGUUUGUUGAUCCUGAGCACCCAUAUCUUGGAGCUAGCCCUGAUGGUAUUAUAAGUUCAGAUAGAAUUAUUGAAAUAAAAUGUCUUCCUUCUCUUAACCAGCUUAAACUAAAAAAUCCCUCAGUAACCACUAUCCGGGAUGCAUGUAAGAUCAAAAAGAUGGCAGUACACUUAAACAGCAAAGGCGAAAUCAUUUUGGACAAGAAAAGUUCGUAUUACUAUCAGCUGCAGGGGCAACUCAACAUUUGUAGAGUAAGGUACGCUACUCUUGUUUUGUUUUGUGAUUUCGACACAGAAUUUAUUUCUGUGGAACGAGAUGUAAAUUUUUGGUCAAACGAAAUGCUUCCGAAGCUAAAAAGGUUUUAUCUUGAAUGCGUACUGCCUGAAAUAGCUGAUCCCAGGCACAGCCGUGGUCUGAGGUGCAGAGAUCCAGAUUACAUCAGAGAAGCACAAGAAAGAAAGAAAAUUACCAAGGGAAAAAAUUCAGCAUCAACUAGAGAUUGCAAUACGACGUUGCUGCCAGGGACCGGAAAGUUACUUUUAAAAAGUAACUCAGUUACAGUUACAAAUACUCCAUUGGAAAUGUAACCCUGUUACAACUACAAGUUACACUACUGAAAAUAAACCAGUUACAGUUACAGUUCUGAGAAAAGUAACUGUAAGUUACUUUAACAGUUACUUUGUGAAAAACUAAAAAUGUGAUACGUAAUAUUGUUAUAAUUAAAAGCUAAUAAAACAUAUUGUGUUUAGUAAAGAUAUAUGUUUGUUUAAACUGAAAUUUUUUAAAUAGGUCUUAAAUUACAUUGAGUAAUUAGUUUACAGUAAAAAAUUGUUCGCAGAACCACAUAAGCACUUCACAAUAAGGUUAUUUUUAUCACUCGACCGAAAUUCGAAAAAAAAUUAGAAUAUGAAGGCCACUGCAACGAAAAUUCUGGACUGCUUUCUCGGCUUCUCGCUUCAUUAGAUUCUGUCAUUGCUUUCGUGCAUGUGCACAGGUAGGUUAAUUAAUUAAACAUCACAGCAGUAAAUCCGCAUGUCGCAAAUAUUAAAUAAAUGACAAUCAAAAUACGAGCGCAGGCUAGCCAACAGCAGUUUUACAAGUACAAGCAAUACCAUCGCAAAUAAUAUGCUUGUCGGGAUUUUCGUUCUGGGUUUGAAAAAAAUAACAAAUCGUUGUUGCUCAAUAAGAAAUACAUUAAAAAAAAUGUAACGUAAGAAGUAACGACAAUUAUCGUUACUUUAAGGCAGAAAAAUGUAAUUCAGUUACAGUUACAGUUACUGAAAACUUAAUUUAUUGCGUUACCACGAUCGUUACCAUAAAAAGUAACUGUUACAAAUAACGUCGUUACUAGUAGCGCGUUACUUCCAGUCCCUGGUUGCUGCCUUAAUGUAAUGGUGUAAGAUAUCUCCGUGCAUACUAUUAUUGAUUUGUAUGUUGUUCCAAUAAAUCUAGUGAAGGGCACUUUCACACGAUUAAACAUUGGUUGAAAUAACAUUCAAUUUGUAUAAAAGUCUUUUGUUUUCAUGUUUUCAUGCGGCGCAAAA